AUGUUCAAUGAGGAAUUACUAACUUAACCAGUUUUCCCAGCAUUUUAUUUUGAUUAUGCUAACAAAAUAAACAUUGAUUCAAGUUAGGUUCAAUUGUUCAUAAAAGGAGAGUAAAAAAUGGUUGGACAAUUCUAAAUUGACAUAACAGAUUAACUAAUAAAAGAAUAUAGAGAAAUUAAAAGUAAAAAUAAUGAAGAAAUAAUUAAAGAACUCUCAAUUAAUGCCUUAAAAUACUUAAAAUUUGUAGCGGGAUAUGGAACAGGGUUUGGAUUAUUCUAAAAUAAUUUGGUUGCACUCGAAACAAUUGUUAAAUAGCUAUCAAUGUAAGAUAGGCAAUUCUUACCUAUUUUAAUUUGUCAAAAUCGUCUUGUUGGUGAAUCUCCUUUUGACUUUUCUAUCAACAAUCAUCAGCAAAAGAUAAUUAAUCUGAUUCUCUCAAUGAUAACAAAAUAUUAAGAUCAUAUCAUGUUUAACCAGUUAGUUGAUAAAAAUUUAAGUGAACUUAUCAAACAAUAAAAUGAUUUAUAAGAAUACUUCGAAAGUAGUUUGGCUAAUUAUGAAAUCAUUGACUAAUCAUUUCUAAGUCAACACCAUAAUGAUAAAGAAAUGAUUGAAGGUAUAUGUUUAGAUCAUCCUAAGGAUGUCCAUGAAAAGUAUGAUUAAUUAUUUGGGAAGAAAUUGAAUGAUGUUGAAAAAACUAAUGACUCCGUAGUAUCCAUUGAAUAUCAUUUGAUCAACUUACCUGUGACAUUAAGGUAAAAUCCAUAGCAGCUAAUGAAAGUACUAAGUGAAACAGAUAAACCUGAAUACUUUGAAAAUAAAGUCAUCCAAACAAUUAUUAAAUUUAAAUGGAACGAAUACACAAAGUCAUUUUAUUAGAACAGAUUCUACGCUUACUUAAUAUUUAUGGCCUCGUUUAUUUUUGAUAUAUUCUAUUCAACUUAUGCCACUUAAAAUGAUCUGAAUGCAUCAGAUACAAAAGAAGAUGCUUAAGAAUUAGAAAUUUUGAAGCCUAAUAUAUGGGUGAAAAUUUCUACUAAAGUAACAUGUGGUCUUGUGCUUUUAUACUUCUUAAUUUAUGAAAUCAAGCAAAUUAGAGUUCAAAGAAGCCAAUACUUUAAUGAUGGAUGGAAUUACUUUGACUUUUCUCAUAUUAUUGCAUUCACAACAUUCUGCAUUCUUGACUUUACAAAUGAGAGCCAAGAUAAUUUAAUCUUGAUAAAAAUCCUGGUGAUAGUUUUAUCUUUUAUGAAGCUGUUUUUCUUUUUGAGAAUCUAUGAUGGCUUUAGUUUCCUUGUUUAAAUGAUGGCAGGUGUGUUUAAGGACCUCAAGUACUUCUUGCUAUUUUUUAUUAUUUUUAUCCUACAGUUUGGAAUGAUCUUCUUGGUCCUUUUCAAAGCUUAGUAAAUAGAUGAGUAUAAUGGAGUGAACAAAUUAGCUUAUUUCUUGAUGGCUUUUAGAAUAUCAUCUGGUGACUUCCAGCUAGAUGAUUAUCAUAGUCAAGAAGAUGGACUAGUAAUCUUUACAUGGGUAAUCUGGUUAAUAGCAGUUAUGACUUUGAAUAUUGUAUUCAUGAACUUCAUAAUUGCUGUGAUAUCAGAGUCUUAUGAGAGAGUCAUGCAAAAAUUAGUAGCUGAGUCAUAUAGAGUUAAAGCUAACAUGAUUGUUGAAAGAGAGCAACUAUUCAAUGCUGCUGACUUAAAAAGCUAAGAGUAUUUCCCAAAUUUUAUAGCCAUCAGAAGACCGUUGAACACUGAAUCUAAUGAAUCUGGGGAAUGGUAAGGAUUUAUCAAAGAUCUUAAGUAUACCAUAAGAACAACAGCAGCUAAGUCUAAAUCAGAAAUCAUUCAAAAUCUGCAAUCUCUUCAAACUUUAAAUCAAACAAACAACUAAAGGCUAGAGAAAAUUGAUGAAGUAUUAGAGUAAAAUACAAGGCAACUUUGUAAUAAUGAAACAAUCAUUAGCGAAGGUCUUGAAGGGAAAAUUUCUAAGUUGCUGAAAUAGUAGCUUGAUCAAGCCUUAGAGAAUACCAAUAAUGAUGUCAGGCUAUUGAAAAAUGAAGUAACAGGACUAGAUGCUAAAGUUGAUGGACUCGAUUCUAAAGUUUUGGGACUAAUGGAAGAUAUGGAAUUCAUUAAAAGUUCAUUAACUUAACUACUUCAAAAAUAUAAUCAGUGA